AUGAACAAUAAUGGUUAGGAAACUCAGGGAGAGGGUGCAACUGAAUAGUAAAUCAGAGAGCUGAUUAACACUCCUACAACUUUAGCAAUGGCUAGAGUCCUAGAGAAUGGUUUUAAGUCCUUAGAUGGGAGAAUUAGUGGGACAUAUCUCGCUACACCAGGAGGUGACUCAGGAGAAUUUAUUCUAGGACUUCAGAUAUAUCAAGAAAUGAAACUCACCACUAAUGGGGAAGUACAUCUAACUCAAGCUAAAGUGAAGAAUUUAUUAAGAGAAUAUCUAAGCUACAUGAAGCAGGAUAGAUUUUACAUGGCAACUGAUGAUUAAGCUUUGUCACACAUUUAAAAGCAAUUAGCUUUUAUUGGGCUAGACAUUUAAAAUCCUAAGGUAAAGUUGCAAUCAGACAUUUUGAAGGUCAUUAGCCAGCCUGAAAAUUAGGGAGACUUGCAUUUGAAGUUACUAUUGACUUAGCCACAAAGCUAUUCUAUUAAUAAGACUCUUGUGGAGUAUUUCAUUCAGUCAUAUUAUCAGAUACUAUGGGACAAAACUGACCCAAUUUACAAUAAGUUAAUUUUAGAUGUUCUUGCUGGUGAUCAUAAUGAAUAAGCCUUUGUUGAAAUCAAAACAGAUCUUGUAUUCCUUAAUCAUAUGGAUGCUGUAAGUCUAAUUAGAGCAUAGAUUGCAAAAUUCUUCACAUAGCAUGCAUCACAUGAAUCGACUAAGGCUGACACAGAGACUAUGUUCAAUAGAAUGAAUCAUAUGGGACUAGCAUUCCUUGAACUUACAGGCUCUUACAUUGCUAAAUACUUAAACUUCUAUACUGUUAAUCUUGUUUGA